UAUGAUAAUAAAUAAAUGUAUUUUUGAAUCAAUUAUAUUUUAGAGGAGGAGGAAAUUAUAAUAAUCAAGGUAAAAAAAAUGGAAGAUGGAUUGAAUUAAGUUAAAACUUUUAAAAGUAGAAGAUAUUUUUAUAGUUAUUUUUUAGCAUAAGUCUUAUUAUUUAUAAAGGCGAAUAUAUUAAUGGUAAGAAAUAUGGUAUCUGGGAUAUUUUGUAUAAAAGGAAUGCAAAUAAGUCAUUUAAAUUAAUGUAACAAAAGAAUUAUAAUUAAUUUAAUUAUUAUGAAAAUUUAGAGCUUUUGGAUUUUAUGAUCAAUAGAAUAAUUUUAUAGAUUCAAUUAAAAUAGGAAGAUGGAUAGAACCAGAUGACGGAUUUUGGAAGUAAAUUUAUUGAUUAAAUAUUUAUUAUUUAGUUUGAGUUAAGUUAUCAAUAUUGGUGAGUAUAAAUAUGGUAAAAAAGUUGGUCUUUGGGAUAUAAAGUACAGGAUAUCUGAUAAUUAAUCUUUUUAAAUAAUGUAAACCAUUAUUUCAUAGUUUAAUCUAUUUUAGUGGAGGAGGAUACUAUAAAUAGUUAGAAGAUAAUUCUGUUUUAGGUUCAUUUAAGAAUGGACAAUGGAUUGAAUUAACUGAUGGAUUUUGGAGGUAUUGAAUCAUUGUUUUUAAUUAGAGAUAAAUAAGUGACAUAUUAUGGUGAAUAUUUAAAUGGUUACAAAGUUGGUAAAUGGGAUAUAUAUUAUAAUAAUUAAGAAACUGAGUAAAAUGAAUAUAUGUAAGAAAAUAUUUCAUUUAAAUNGCAAAGUUAUUUUUAAUUGUCUUUGAAUAUAAUAAACUGAAUUAGAAGAUUAAUAGCAUAGGGAAAUUGAAUAAAUUGAAUGUACAAUAUGGGAUUCUCUUAACUAUAAAUUUAAAAAGAUCACAAUCCUAAUUAAAUUUAAUGAAGAAAAAGAGGUAAGUUACAUAUAAAAUGGAUAGAUUAUAAGAAUGUAUAUUUUUAUUUAAUAUCAAGUGAAUAAGUAAAGGAUUAAUUGUAAAUGAGUGAAAUAUUAAUUAAUUUAGAAUAGAUUAAAUAUUUUUAAUGGUGUGGAAAUUACGGAUAGAACUCUUAAAAAGUUGAUAGAUGGACAGGAAGUUGGAAUUAAAUAACCCUUGAAGAUGUUGGUGGAUAUUACUCUAUUGUUGGAAAGAAAGAAGGUUUAUGGAAGGAGUUAAGCCAAAAUUAUUAAGGGUUCUCAAAAUAUUAAAAUAUUUAUAUUAGGAAUGAUGUUCAAAUCUAUGAAGUUGGAAAAUACAUCAAUAAUCAGAGAAGAGGAACAUGAAAGUUUAUAUAUGAUAAUAAAUAAAUGUAUUUUUGAAUCAAUUAUAUUUUAGAGGAGGAGGAAAUUAUAAUAAUCAAGGUAAAAAAAAUGGAAGAUGGAUUGAAUUAAGUUAAAACUUUUAAAAGUAGAAGAUAUUUUUAUAGUUAUUUUUUAGCAUAAGUCUUAUUAUUUAUAAAGGCGAAUAUAUUAAUGGUAAGAAAUAUGGUAUCUGGGAUAUUUUGUAUAAAAGGAAUGCAAAUAAGUCAUUUAAAUUAAUGUAACAAAAGAAUUAUAAUUAAUUUAAUUAUUAUGAAAAUUUAGAGCUUUUGGAUUUUAUGAUCAAUAGAAUAAUUUUAUAGAUUCAAUUAAAAUAGGAAGAUGGAUAGAACCAGAUGACGGAUUUUGGAAGUAAAUUUAUUGAUUAAAUAUUUAUUAUUUAGUUUGAGUUAAGUUAUCAAUAUUGGUGAGUAUAAAUAUGGUAAAAAAGUUGGUCUUUGGGAUAUAAAGUACAGGAUAUCUGAUAAUUAAUCUUUUUAAAUAAUGUAAACCAUUAUUUCAUAGUUUAAUCUAUUUUAGUGGAGGAGGAUACUAUAAAUAGUUAGAAGAUAAUUCUGUUUUAGGUUCAUUUAAGAAUGGACAAUGGAUUGAAUUAACUGAUGGAUUUUGGAGGUAUUGAAUCAUUGUUUUUAAUUAGAGAUAAAUAAGUGACAUAUUAUGGUGAAUAUUUAAAUGGUUACAAAGUUGGUAAAUGGGAUAUAUAUUAUAAUAAUUAAGAAACUGAGUAAAAUGAAUAUAUGUAAGAAAAUAUUUCAUUUAAAUUUUUUAAUUUCGUGGUGGUGAUUCAUAUGUUGAAAAAAUUAUAGGAAUUGAUAUAUAUUCAAUUAAGAUUGGAAAAUGGAUAGAGUUGAGUGAUAAAUUUAAUAGGUAUUGUCAACUAUUGAAUAUCUUUAUUAGUGAAAGUUAGGUUAUUUAUAAAGGGGAAUAUU